CCUUCACAGCAGCCAGCCAGCCUGAGACUCCCACCCCAAGCCAGCUCUCCUGUUCUUUUAUUUUUCAUUAGCAAAAUGAGUUUCCACCAGCCCUUGAGGGUGACCUGUUAAGAGCUAUCCUGUCAUCCUCAGUCCUGAUGACAGGAUUCAGGAGGAGAUCCACUCCAAGCAAGUCCCACAAGGUGAGGCCAAGUCUUAAGAGAAACAGCUGGCCGCUCUCCCGACUGCCUAGAGGCUGAUCUGUGACUCACAGAAGGACACUACAAAGAAGUGACCUGAGGUAUUCAGUGCCCUGGCCAGAGGAAGCUGGGAUGAGGACCUGUACGUGCAUAUACCACUUCCUCGUUUUGAACUGGUACAUUUUCCUCAAUUACUACAUCCCACGACAUGGAAAUGAACAGAAGGAAUAUAAAAUAUUUCAAGAUGGUGCCCAGUGGAAGUACUUGACUCUUCUUAAUCUGUUCUUGCAGGCCUUUUUCUUCGGGGUCGCCUGCCUAGAUGAUGUGCUAAAAAGAAUCAAAGGAAGAAGAAACAUCAGGUUCAUAACUGCCUUCAGAGAUCUACUGUUCACCACGUUGGCUUUCCCUGUGUCCACAUUUGUAUUUUUGGUAUUCUGGACCAUCUUUCUCUAUGACCGAGAGCUUGUUCACCCCAAGAUCCUAGACGAAAUCUUUCCGAUAUGGAUGAAUCACGCAAUGCACACGUUCAUAUUGCCCUUCUCGCUGCUUGAAGUCAUCCUCAGGCCACAUCACUAUCCAUCCAAGAAGACAGGAAUCACGUUGUUGGCUGCUGGCACUGUUGCUUACAUUGCCAGGGUCCUGUGGAUCUACUCCGAGACUGGCCGGUGGGUGUACCCUGUGCUUGGAAAACUCAGCCCGCUGGGCCUCACGGUCUUCUUCUCCUCCAGCUACUUCCUGAGUGUCAGCAUCUACCUGUUUGGAGAAAAGAUCAACCGCUGGAAAUGGGGUCACAUGAUGCAGCCGUGGAUGAAGAGGAAGUGACUACGUGCCAGGUUCCAAGGACCGAGGAGGAAGAAAACAUGAGAGAUUUUUUCUCUCAUAUUAUCAUUAUUAUUAUUUAUUAUGAUUAUUUCUGUGGGGGAGGUGAUGGAAUAACAUAGGAAGGUGGACAGGACAGAGGCUGAUGUUCAAAUGUAAUAAGAAGGUUAUGAAGAUAGCUUAACUGGAGGAUUCUUGGUCCUUUGAAAGUUUAUACGUGCCCCAAACAACUCCUUGCCAUCUAAGAAUUUGUUACCUGUGUCUGACCUCCACAGAGGAUGAUGGUUUCUGGGUCAAAAUUUGGCCAAAGACCAAAGAAUCUCACAUACAAUUGGUGUUAAAGAAUACGUAGAGAAGGGGAGAGGAACUUAGGGUCCUCCAAACUCUUCACUUUCCAAAGGAGGACAAUGAGGACUCAGAAGAGAAGUUACCUGUGUCAAAGUAUCUAAAUGAAGAUAAUGGCUCUGUCUCCCAGAUCUCCUAACCUCUGGUUCUGGGCCAUUUUCCAGUAAUUCCUUUUUCUCUAAAAAAUAAGUAUUUUAGUAAGGUAGUUAUGUUUGUGGAUUUCUCUCUCUCUCUCUCUCUCUCUCUCUCUCUCUUUCUUCUUGAUUUAGAAAUGUAGGGAGGUGGUUGCCCCAAAAGUUCUGUCUACCUGGUAUCAUAGCAAAUUAGUUGGGACAAUGAGAAAAUAAGUUAUAAACUAUUUGGAAAUUGGUCCUUUUUGGAAAUAAACAUUUGGGACAGGAAUGAACUGUGAACAUAAUGACAUUAUCAAAAUCUCUUCCAUUCAAAUAUUGUUUAAUUUGUCAAAUAAAUGUUGUGCUUUAUGCUUAGGGAGUAAUACAAUAAUGAGGUCUUUUGAGAUGUCUGUGGUAAAAAGUACUUUGUUGAUUGUAAGGUGAUUAACAAGGAUUUCUGAACCCUGA